ACGUGCCGAUCCGGUUCACCGAUUUCGGUUUCAACUGGAAGUGCCCAUAGCGUUGACAUCACGGUUGCAAAUUCCAAGAAGACCAACCCAAAACCAAAACCAAAACCAAAACCCGUUUCGCAGAUAAACAACUUGUGGCAUCCAUCCAACCCGUAAUACUCCCAAAACCCAAUUUCGUUUUGAUUCAAACUUCUUCGGAUAUUCAAUCAAUUUACUCCCAUUCGACCUUCAACUCCAUAGCCAGCUCCCUCCUCCAAGACUUCCAGCAAAGACUGCAAAUUUUGGUUAAUUUCUGCAAACCCUUUUGCUGAUUUUUGUUAAAGAGGUCGAAUUUCUGGGAUUUGAGAGCACCCAUUUGAGCGGAGAUGGAGAUUGACAAGGCAAUAAAAGAGUGUGAUGAUCGAAGGCUGAAGACCAAGUACAACAACGCUAUCUAUGUUAUUCAGAGAGCUCUUGCGCUCUACUCUAUUGAAGAGGUUGCCUUCAGCUUCAAUGGGGGAAAGGAUUCAACUGUUUUGUUGCACCUACUCAGGGCUGGCUACUUUUUGCAUAAAGGGGAGCAAAGCUGUUCCAACGAGUGUGUGAAAGAUUUUCCUAUGCGAACGAUAUAUUUUGAGAGCCCAUCUGCUUUCCCUGAAAUCAACUCGUUUACUUAUGAUGCAGCCACUACCUAUGGUUUGCAACUAGAUAUCAUCCGCUCUGAUUUCAAGUCUGGUUUGGAGGAUUUACUUAAAUCAAAACCAAUCAAAGCUAUUUUCCUUGGUGUCCGAAUCGGUGAUCCUACUGCGGUUGGUCAAGAUCAAUUCUCUCCUAGUUCAGUUGGAUGGCCACCCUUCAUGAGGGUGAAUCCUAUAUUGGAUUGGUCAUACAGAGAUGUGUGGGCCUUUCUCUUAACUUGCAAAGUGCAGUACUGCAGUCUUUAUGAUCAAGGUUAUACUUCAAUUGGAAGCAUACAUGACACAGUUCCAAAUGCAUUAUUGAGCAUUAACAAUUCAUCUGACAACAAAGAAGUAUUUAGACCUGCGUAUUUACUUUCUGAUGGAAGAUUAGAGAGAGCCGGGAGGGUUAAAAAACUUCCUCCUUCAGUUCGUGGGAAUAAGCCUGCUGCUAUCAAUGGCCUUGAUGGUGUGGGCUUACAUAAGAGUGGCCUACUCAUGGCCUCAGCCAUUGCUGUGGGGGAUGAGAUUUUGUUUGGCACUGUUGAGGAUCAAUUAGGGCCUUCACUGUGUAGAAAGCUCCAUUCUAUUGGCUGGUCGGUAUCACAAACUGUUGUUGUUCGGAAUGAUGUAGAUGCUGUGGCCGAAGAAGUCGAGCAACGCCAAUCAACUGAUGAUAUGGUAUUUAUGUAUGGAGGGGUUGGCCCACUGCACUCAGAUGUCACUUUGGCAGGUGUUGCAAAGGCUUUCGCAGUUCGUCUGGCUCCUGAUGAAGAAUUUGAAGAAUAUCUGAGGCAUCUUAUAGGUGAUCAAUGCACUGGUGACCGGAAUGAGAUGGCUCUUUUGCCUGAAGGUAUCACUGAACUAUUGCAUCAUGAAAAGCUGAUUGUCCCUUUGAUCAAGUGUAAAAAUGUAAUAAUCUUUACGGCAACAAAUGUCUUGGAGCUGGAUGAGCAGUGGAACUGUCUAAUUGAACUAAUGAUAUCCGAUGGUGGGCUAGCAACGAUGCAACCAUUUGUAUCUAGGCACUUGACAACAAACCUUACAGAUGUAGAAAUUGCUCAACCUCUGUCAAAACUUUGCCUGGAGUUUCCAGACCUUUACAUUGGUUGUCGUCGCAAAUCAAGGAAGGAGCCUCUUAUAAUCUAUUUUGAGGGCAAGGACCAAGAUCAAAUUCAAUCAGCCAUAGAGGCAUUGUGCAAGAAGUUCCAUCCGGGGGCUUUCGUAGAAACAGCGGUUGUUCAACUGGUCUUCUGAGGCUUCAAAAUGCUGAGUUAUCCUGCACUUGAACCGGCCUCUCUUGUACGAAAAUGAUGAUGGAACAAGCAGAACCCUCUCAGUAUAUUUGAAUGGAAGAAGGAGAUCAUUGAAGUGGAAUUUGGAAGGGGAGCAAGACGAGAAGGAAAACAUUACAACAUUAUAGAUGCUGGUAGCUGGGCAAAGCCCCCCCUCCCUAUGAAAUUGGGGAAAUGUUUAACUAAUGAUUAUGGACAAACGAACUUCGCACUGGAUGCAAUCUAACUCAGUUUACAAUUCUAUUUGAGGUGAUCGACCGGACGGUUCUUUUCGAUCACUUGUUAGCUUUAUCUUGGUCAAUCACACAAAUCCAAUGUACAACUAACAAAUUAACGUAUUAAGGUUCACUUGACAUGAAUCUAACGAUGUCACUUAUGUUAGUGUCGUAUGAAUAAUUUUAUUGCCUGUUUAACUGCUAAUUAUACAAAUAAAAUGUUGAAAUUGUAUAGGGUGUUUUUAUGGUGAAGAAUUUAUGCUAGUGUGGGAACUGCAUGUUCUUGGUUGUGA